AUGGAAUCAGUGGAUCGCCAGGCUACCCGACGUAGAGAAAGCUCGGACUCCUCGCUGGUAUUUUCAAGCGAGAACGCCUACGGUGUCGCGGCAUACUUCUGGAUCGAGACGCCUAGCGGUCCAGUGUGCUCUCUGGUGAUGGCGCGAUCAAAAGUUGCGCCGUUGAAGCAUCUGUCGAUUCCUCGCCUGGAGCUGCAAGCUGCCGAGCGAGGAGCUAGGCUCGCCAAUUCUAUCGUCGGAAUGCAUUCUCUGGAGGUAAAGCAGCGAUACCUCUGGAGCGACUUGAAGACAGUGCUGUCGUGGAUCCAUUCAGACCAUCGUCAGUAUAAACAGUUUGUCGCUUACCGGAUCGGCGAAAUCCUCAACCUCAUGAAAGUGGACGAAUGGCACUGGGCUCCAACGAAGGUCAGUAGAGUUGACGCGAUGAAGAAGUGGGCGAAAAAGCAUAGCUUUUGUUCUGAUGGACAGUGGUUCAGUGGUCCAAAUUUCCUCUACCAAUCGCAGAACAAGUGGCCGAAGCAGAACAGAAUCACGCCGAACGUUGCAGAAGAGAUUCGGGCUUGUAUUCUGUUUCACGAUGUUGCAGUAACAGACCCGAUGGUGGAUGUACAUCGCUUCUCGAGAUGGAAGGUGCUAGUCCGGACGGUAGCAUGCAUAUUCCGAUUUGCGACAAACAGCAGAAGAAAGCGAGACGGAUUGAGCAUCGAAGCGUCACCGACAACCGACAAGAUGAAGAAGUUUGUGAAUAAAAGCAAACCGGCAUCGACGACGCCAUUGAAACGAGAGGAGUAUUUAAAGGUCGAGACGUACCUAUGGAGAUCAACGCAGGCGGAGGCCUUCAUGGACGAGGUCAAAGCGUCAAAGAAGAAUCUGGAGCUCCCAAGCGGCAGCUGGCGACCAAUAGAGAAGUGCUGUUCCAUCUACAGCCUAAGUCCAUUUCUAGACGAGCAAGAGCUACUGGAGCACUAUCACCAGCAACUUGCCCACGGGAACGUAGAAACUGCCGUCAACGAACUGCGACAGCGAUUCUACAUUCCAAGUAUGCGGACGAGGAUGAAGCAGAUCGGGAAGGCAUGCGUCUGGUGUGAAGUAAAGAAGUGCCAGCCGCAGAACCCACGCAUGGCUCCGCUCCUGAAGUCACGUGUCACGCCGAAUUUGCCACCAUUCAGCCACACCAGUAUAGUUUUUUGUGGACCGUUUACGGUAACUGUCGGACGCAGAUCGGAGGAGAGAUAUAUCUGUUUGUUUACCUGCAUGCCAACUAGGGCUGUCCACCUCGAAGUAGCUCACAGCUUGACGACACAAUCGUGUCUAAUGGCUAUCCGACGAUUCGUGGGUCGUAGAGGCAAGCCGUUGGAGCUCUACUCCGAUAACGGGACGAAUUUCCAAGCAGCCAGCAAAGAGGUCAUGAAGCAGAUAGCGAUGGAUCUUGAAGACGCCUUCACCAAUGAGCGGUUGGUUCGCUUUCUCAAGACUGCACUGAACGUUCUCAACGGUGGGCGAAAGCUGACCGAUGAAAUUCAGUUGACUAAACUUGCGGAAGCGGAAGACUUGAUCAACUCGCGUCCACUAACAUACGCGUCAUUGGAGCCAGGAGUGGAUGAUGCCCUGACGCCAAAUCACUUCAUUUGGGGCGUCGGCGCACAGGUGGAACAUGCUGUUCAACCAACAAGCGAAGCAGAAGCUCUACGUGAUCGUUACAAGCGGCCGCAAUCACUAGCGGACGCGCAGUGGAAACGGUGGGUCAACGAGUACCUGCCGUCCAUCAACCAGUGGGAGAAGUGGCUUUCGGAGUCACCGCCACUGAGCCGUGGGGACAUAGUCUACGUAGGUGAUGAUACCAUACGGAAGAACUGGGUACGUGGCAUCGUCGUCGAAACCAUCCAAGGUACGGAUGAAAGGAUCAAGUAG